UUGGAUGUUUUAAGAAGUGCAAACUUGUGCUAAGGUUAUAGAGCUGUAAGGAUUCAUGUUUGCACGUUAUUUUCACUGUGUAUAUUUUGUUGUUAAAAAUGAUAUGACGUCAAGGACCAAGCAUCUUCUCAUGUCAGUCGCAUAAAAAUACGAGUAUAGUUAUGAGAGAGAAACACACUUGAGAUGCAAGAUGGAAAUGGACCAGAAUGUUGCACAAACCCUGUUGACUCAAGGUGCUACGCUAGUUUUGCUGGAUGUGCCAGUGGGUACUGAUAUCGGUAUCGAUAUAAUAUCAUGGAACACAGAAGGGAAUUUUAAGGGCAUCAAAAUGAUUCCACCUGGAAUUCAUUAUGUACAUUAUAGUGCUGUAAAUGAAUUUGGUGAGAUGGCACCUAGAGUCGGUUUCCUCCAUGACUUUAAAAAGUGUGAGUUCUUAGUAAAGAAAUGGGACAGCAAGGAAGAAGACGUCAGUUCAGAAUCUGUACCCGAGGAGACAGUUCAGAGACUGAAAGAUAACUUGAAGGAGUUGGACAGAUAUCUAGGACCGUAUCCAUAUGGAAUUUGGAAACAAUGGUCGGAAUUAACGAGCAAAAUUAACGUAUCUCUCAUAGAGAGAUGUUCACCAUUAUGCGGCUAUGUACGAUCUGCGUUGGAAUUGGAGCAUUGUAGCGACGCUUCAAGACCGCGUGGUGGAGAGUCUGAGACCAAAAGACAAAGAAGAUCUGGCAACCUCACAGCAGAGGACAAGGAGAAGGAGCUGUUACCGGAUCUAAAACCAAAGCCUGGCACGGAACUCAGACUCACCGAGAUACCGGAUAAACGUUAUCCUGACAACGCGACACCUAGCGAGAUCACGCGGCAUUCCCUCGACUCCAGUUACAUACUGAGUGCUAUUCUGAGAAAAUUACGAGAGCCUGUCGAAAUCAUCGGCGAGAUGCAGUUAACGUUCAUCUGUUUCCUGGCCGGUCAGAGUUUGGACGCGUUUGAACAGUGGAAGAAACUCGUGUCGCUGAUCUGCGACGCGGACCAUGCGAUCCCUCAGUAUCGCUCCGUCUACAUGGAAUUCCUACAGGCUUUGGAAGUGGAGUUGUCACAUGUACCAGAGGAGAUACUGUGCGACAUCGUGGCGAGCAACAAUUUCGUGUAUCAAAAAUUAUGCAAAUUGUUCGGUAACAUCGAGUCGAAUGCCGAAGUGGAUGGCCGGCUGAAGUCCUACGCGAAGCGCUUGCAAAAACGAUUGACUGCCAAAUUUCUGUGGGACUUUUCGAACUUGCUCGAGGACGCGGACGAUGAGGCACCCGUGGUCGUGACUCUGGCGUGAGCGCGAGCAAACGCUAGAUACGUGUGCGAAUAUAUCUUUGUAUUUUCUUUUUACUCUAUCAUACUUGUAACAUCGAUGUAAUUUAUAAAUAAUCGUAAACAAAUGGUAUGAAAACUCGUUAUGCGUCUAUACAUGUAGACAAAGUUUUAUCAUCAUUAGAUUAUACUAAUGUGUAGUAAACUUUGUUAAUAUAAUAAAUAUAAAGC